CCGGGUACACGUCAUGUCAACUGGAGUUUUUAUCUUCUGCGCCUGCGCGUUGCCAACUCCUUUGCUGUUUAGGACUGGAAGAGACUACAGACGACCAUGAAGACGCUGCACAUCUUGUUGCUUCUGGCCCUGCUCGCCUUGGGCUCUGGAGAAGAAGGAGCCCGUUUGCUGGCGUCCAAAUCCUUGCUCAACCGUUAUGCCGUGGAGGGUCGUGACCUGACCCUGCAAUAUAACAUCUACAACGUGGGCUCCAGUGCCGCCCUGGAGGUAGAGCUGUCAGACGAUUCCUUCCCCCCUGAGGACUUUGGAAUCGUUUCGGGAAUGCUGAACGUGAAAUGGGACAGGAUUGCACCAGCCAGCAACGUGUCUCACACCGUUGUGUUGCGACCCCUAAAGGCCGGCUACUUUAACUUCACCUCGGCCUCCGUCAGCUACCUCGCUCAGGAGGGCGGACAAGUUGUGGUUGGCUACACCAGUGCACCCGGUCAAGGCGGCAUCCUCGCUCAAAGGGAGUUCGAUCGUCGCUUUUCCCCGCAUUAUUUGGACUGGGCCGCCUUCGGUGUGAUGACGCUGCCCUCCAUCGGCAUCCCGCUCCUCUUAUGGUACUCCAGCAAGAGGAAGUACGACUCUCCAAAGGCAAAGAAGAACUGAGAGGACCGGGCGAGAUGAGGGGGAGGGCAGAUCUAUAAAGGGUUAAUAAACCGGGCGCAGGAUCUUUGAGAAGCUUAAUAACCCAUAUUGGGGGUGAAAGGUGAAUGCAAAAGUACAGCGACCGUUUUGUGUAAUUUGAUCAAGUUGACGUCAUGUGGAGGAGAACAAUUACAGUGUCAGUUAUUUACUAUAACUGUAAUGAAUUUUUAUUGAAGUUAUUGGACUUCAAUAUUAAUAAAAAUGAGAUGGUUUUUUUAACAAAAAAGGUCUGUUUUUUUUUACUCAAUUUACUGGAGUGAAAUAAUAAAAUGGCUGCAUUUAAUGAUAUACAUUUAUGUAUAUACAAACAACUAAACUCUGAGCUACUGUAAAUACUAUCUUAGUAUUUACAAUCAUCCCUCGGCACAUAGCGCUUUAAAUUUUGCAGCCUCACUCUCUCGGUUUUUCAAAAUACUGUAUAUUUAAAUUUUAGAUUUUACUAUGGCCUUUUAAUUAAAAGUAUGCUCCAUCCAUCCAUUUACUACCACGUGUCCCGUUCGGGGUCGCGGGGGUGCUGGAGCCUAUCUCAGCUGCAUUUGGGUGGAAGGCGGUAUACACCCUGGACAAGUCGCCACCUCAUCACCAACCCAGAUGGAUAGACAACAUUCACACUCACAUUCACACACUAGGGCCAAUUUAGUGUUGCCAAUCAACCUAUCCCCAGGUACAUGUUUUUGGAGGUGGGAGGAAGCCGGAGUACCCGGAGGGAACCCACGCAGUCACGGGGAGAACAUGCAAACUCCACCAAGAAAGAUCCCGAGCGCAGGAUCGAACCCAGGACCUUCGUAUUGUGAGGCAGACUCAUUAACCCCUCUC